AUGUGGCCUUCAUCCCUUCCACGCCAUGGGCACGACGGCGGCGAGAAGAACACAAGCGCUCGGCUCGCGGGGUGCCAGAACGCUGCAUUCCCCACCGCCCACCACGGCCCUCUGUGCCCGCUGCACCCGCUACGCCCUGGCUUGCCGCCGGCCGCGGCACUCCCCACUGAACGCUGCGGCCCUCCGUGCCCGCACUGUAUGCCGGCCGCCGCGGCCCUCGCCACCAAGGGGCGCGUGGUCGCCCUUCCCGUCGCGCUCCCCGCCGUGUCAACCUGGCCACUGUCGCCGCAGCCGUCGUCCGUACUUGCGCUCCCCGCCGGCGAUGCGCCCGACGCGGCCCUCGCCGGCACUUGCGCUGGCCGCCAGCCACCGCGGCGCUCGCCCGUGCCGCGGCCCUCGACGGCGCUCGCGCCGGCCGCCGGCCGCCGGGGCCCUUGCCUGCUCGCACUCCCCGCCAGCACCGCGGCCCUCGAUGGCGCUCGCGCUGGCCGCCGGCCGCUGUGGCCCUUGCCCGUGCUCGCGCUCCCCGCCAGCACCGCGGCCCUCGACGGCGCUCGCCCGUGCUCGCGGUCCCUGCCGGCUGCCGUGGCCCUUGCCCGUGCUCGCGCUCCCCGCAGCGCCGCGGCCCUCGACGGCGCUCGCCCGUGCUCGCGGUCCCUGCCGGCCGCCGCGGCCCUCACCCUCGCCUACGCUCCCGCCGUCCGCGCCCCCUCUCGCAGCCGUCGCCUCUGGGAUGAGAAAUUAUAA